AUGGUGAAAUUCGGACGGCGACUCGAUUCCGAAGCCAGGGAUGGGUGGACGGGGAAGUACAUCGAUUACAGGGCGCUGAAACGGUUGGUGUACGAGGCCAAGGCGGACGCGGAUAGGGAAGCGGCGUUCUUGGAGGCGGUGCGGAGCGAGAUUGGAAAGGCGAAUGCGUUCUACGCCGAGACGGAAAAAGGGUUGAGAGAACGUUUGGAUGCGGUAGAGGUGGAUAUCAGACGAGACGCGGCGGACGCGACGGCGAUACGAAAGGCGAAGAAGGCGCUGCUGCGAGAUAUUUAUCCCGAGCUGAGCGAGCUCAGAGAAUUCGUGGUGCUCAACUACACCGCCGUUGUGAAGGCGGUGAAGAAGUUUAACAAGAACUGCGGGAAGAACGAGAACGCGGUGAGCAUUCUGAGCGAGUCACCAAUGUUUGUUUCUCUCGGGUUGGCCAAGUUGGUCACGCGCACGGAGAUGUUGGCGGUUCACGUGGCGCCGAAAAAGUCGGCAAAAGUCCUUGAGGACUCAAUCUGUCCGGUUUGCGAGGACGUUUUGAGCAAUCCAGUGGAACUCCCGGGGUGCAAACACAGGUUCUGCUUCAAGUGCAUCAUUAAUAGUACGCCGGCCUCGAGCACUCCGCUAAUCACGACGUCCUCGGUGACAAACCUGAGCGACAUCGCACAACUCGCCGAGACGGGUUCGCCCAUUAUGAAGACUCCUUCAACAAACCGAGUGACGAUGUUCCCGGGUCGGUGUCCGGUAUGUAAGGCGAAGGAUGAUGCGAGCGCGCGAACGGGCUCGCGUUUCAAGCCCGAUAGUCAUCUGGACGACUUCAUCAAGAAUAACUUCAAUGACGCGGAUUACGAAGCGACGGACGCGGACGACCCGGUGGAAGACGCCAUCCCGAGUGGCGAUGAAGAUGCCGAUAUUCUGCUUCCUUCGUCACCCUCGAGCGCUGGGGAUACGGUGGUGAAUGAGAUCGCCACCGAACGCAAGGUUCUUCUUGUUGCCGUCGCAGGGUGUCGCGUCGACGCCAUGCUCUCUGCGAAUACACCGACGCUCAAGUCUUUCAUUCGAGGCAACAAUAAUGCUUGCUUUUCGUUGGACAUGAGCGUCAGCGCGAUGCGAUGCUCCACAAGUCCUGAUUCACCAAUGUUGCCUGUUCUCACCGGUCAAUCAGUGAGCGUACUGAGAAGUAUCGAUGAAGAUACCGACGCAACGUUUGAGUCCAUCUUUGACCGGCUGAAGGAGACGCGCUCUUGGGUGAAGGGCGCGUGUGCGAUCGGUGAAGCAGAAGAUCUCGAUAAGAUCAUGCGAAAGGAAGCAACUUCGUUGUUGCAAUCGUCUUUUAACACGGAUGUUGAGGUGGUGAACGCCAUGGUGAAAACGCUCGAGUCCGCCAACACGCCGGACAUGCUUCUGUUGCACUUGGGCGAUAUCCAGAACGCGGGAUUCAAGUAUGGAUUUGGCCCACACGUUGAUGAGUACAUGAACGUAAUUGAAGAGACUGACAAACGACUCAGCGCCGUGAUGGCUUCUCUGCGUGCGCGCCAAGCGACGCAUCGCAAUGAAGAUUGGCUCAUCAUCAUAACUUCCCCUUCCGGAGGUACCUGUAGACAUGACAUGCCAGCCGGUAUGCAAGGGCAGUUUGACGCGCACGAUUGGAAUGAUGGCGGAGGCCGGCAACUUCGCUCGAAUGGCGUGAGUGGACUCUUAGAGUUACCACAGCACAGCGCCGGUUGGGUUCUCAUUGAAAGCGGCCCCAAGGUGCAAAUGUCGGGUGAGUUACUCCCAUCGCCGUGCGAUACGGAUAUCGCACCCACAAUUCUUGAUCAUUUCGGCAUCGCGACGCGACGUGAGUGGGCGAUGGAUGGUGAGGAUAUGUUGGCCUUCCGCCGUCGUGAAGCUCGAGCAAAGGAUCCAAAAGUAGGCGCGCGAUUAAAGAACACCAAGCAGGGGUUCGAACAGCGUCGAGUAAGUCAUCCGAUCUUGAGCUCAACGCCAUUUUCAUCGCAUCUUCCCGGGCUCAUGGAUCCUUCGGGUUGCGCAGUCAUCGGUCACCGAGGCUUACAGGCCAACCGGCAGUCCGGUGCUGGCAUUCGGGAGAACACUCUUGCGUCGUUCAUCGCCGCGUCUCAAGGUGGUGCAGAGUGGUGCGAGUUCGACGUCCAGGUCACGGCAGAUGGAGUUCCCGUGGCUUGGCACGACGAUAUCGUCAUUAUUCGUCGAGGAAACGGUCCGCUGGAGUCCUUCAGCAUUCGAGAGAUCGACUGGGCAGAGCUGCGCGAGUUGUCUGCGUCGGCGCGAUCCAAUGCUUCGCGACCGGUGGACGCUCUUGCGGUGGAGAACGCUAUCGCAUCGACCGAAGAUGAAGAUUAUGACGACGAUUAUGAAGAUGAUGAAAGCAGUAGAGUCACUUUCUAUCGAGUUUUUGGUGAAGAUCCGGAACCUCAACCUUGGAUUAUGGAGAUCGAAGACGAUAUCCCCACGCUGGGACAAAUAUUGAGCAACACGCCUGACUCGCUCGGUUUCAACAUUGAGCUCAAGUACGACGAAGAGAAUAGCUGCGAGACGCGUCGUCUGGUUGCCGAGUUGCGUGCCAUCCUGGCGGUAUGCUUCGAGCACCCCAACCGCAGAAUCGUUUUCUCUUCUUUCGAUCCAGAUGCCGCUCUGCUUAUGCGCGCCAUUCAAGGCGCCUAUCCUGUGAUGAUUUUAACAGACGGCGAACCGGAUCACGUCGAUCCAAGGCGUCGAUCCGUCGCAGCCGCGAUGGAAGUCGCACUCCAAGGAGGGCUAUGCGGUGUCGUAUCCGACGUCAAGGCCAUCAUGGCGAACCCGUCGGAUGCGUUGGAUGUCCGCGACAACGGUCUGCUGCUCGCGACGUACGGCGAAGGCAACGACGACGCGACGUCAUCUUCAACGCAGGUCGAGCUCGGUGUGUACGGUAUUAUCACUGAUCGCGUGCCAGAUGUUGCGAAAAAGUUCAACGCGGCGAGCGUAAAACAGAGCAAUCUGGCCCCUGCACUGGCGCCUCUAGUGUCGCCUUCUGAGGAAGCCGCGAGCGUCGCGACAAAGUUGGGCAAGUUAGAACUCGAUAUGGUCAUGCGCUCGAACUGGUACAAACUAUCGGAUGAAGGUCAAAAGAUCGAAUUGGCGAACGGCGUGCAGAGACAGCGCUCGUCGUCGCCAAUCCGACGACACGCCUUACGAGGCAGUGUCAACUAUGAUUCCGACACCGCGUCCGUGUCCGACGCUUCGUACACCCAGAGACCGAAUUCACCCAACUCAUUCCAGAAGCAUCACACAAGAAAUAACGAAAAGUGGACGGGGUUCCCCUCGUUUCAAAGGUUGCGGCCGCACGGAUUCAGAUCGAACAAGGCGUCUACACUGACCCCUCAGCAACCGUCGGUGGCGAUCCCGCCCGUCGUGAGCUGA